GCGGUGGCACCUAGGCAGAAAGUGAAAAUGGUUAAAGGUUGUUGAAGGGUUAGAUCAAAUCAGGCAAAGAAAGAAAGAAAAAGGGGAAAGGUAAACAAACUUAUAUCAGAUAUACAAUAUCCGAGUGAGAGAGGAAGAGAGAGAGAGAACCUUGUUGGAUUUAGCGGCAUAACCGGAAUCAUCCAUCUCAAAACGAAAAAGAGAAAAUGGGUUGCUGUAUAUCAAGAUCCUCUGAGGAGGAGGGCGUAACAGGCCCUUACCCAGCCGGCCGCCGCGCAUCCCGGACCUCUGGUUCUUCCCGAGAAAUCAAUGCCCGUCGGAGUCGGAGUAGAGGUACCAGAUCCGGCUCAGAAGCUCCCGAAACCGCAGCCGGGACACCAGCAGGGUCACAACUCCGCGGCAUAGGAGGCGGUUCGUCAGUAACCAAUGACGAUCGACAACCCCUUGCUUCUCACCCUCCUUCGGGGGCAACAACAUCAUACUCUAACCAACAACAACAAGAACGACAACAACGAGAACAACGACGAAGAAGUCAUCGUCGCCAUUCUUCUCAGCACCGUGGUGAUCGUGGAGACCGUGGUGGUGGUGAUCGCGGAGACCGAGACAGAGACCGCCGCCACUCCCGAAACCUCUCCCAACACAUCAACAAACCCCUCAAACGACACGAGUGGACAAGUCACAGCAGGGUAUGGACGCGCGCGGCUUUGGACCGCGAGCGGGCCGAAUUUUUCGACACCAGAGUCACGGGCAGGCAGGAGGUGUGGCAGACUAUUCACGCCGCGCUUGAGAUCUUGUGGCAUCAGGCGCAGGAGGAUGCGGCUGCGGCUGCGCAGAACGGGGAUGGAACGCUUGCGGCAGCUAGCGAUUACGAAGGUGAGGGAUCUCAUGGUGAUGCGGACGGGGAUGAGGAGGAUGAGAAUUACGACCGGGCAAUCGCCCUAGAAACCGCCCAAACCAUCCUCAGCGCCGCCGAGAUCACGCUUCCCACCGGCGAUCUGGCACAGGGAGGAGCGUACGAUUCGUUGGGGAAUCAUUACUCGCUACCGGAACACAUUGUUUCGGAUCCGAUGAAUAUUUCGACCAGUCGACCGGCCUCCGAGGCGGCCUCCGAAUAUGGAGAUGAAGAUGAAGAAAAUGGGUACGCAGAUACCAAGGGCACCAUGUCGGUAACGGAUGGAGAAAUUAUGACCGAGGGCGACGGCCAGGAUGGGGCUUUGGAAAGUGGUGAUGAGGUUUACUCCUCUUCCGAGCGUCAUCGCAGGGAGGAGAAAGGCAAAGCGGUGGUGAACGUCAAGGAUCUGAUCACUGUCAGGGCGAGGUUGAGUGAUGGGUCCAAGGAUGUUAAUGUGCAAGUUGACAAGGGGGAUUCGGUACGGGUUCUUGGGAGGAAGGUUGCUGAGAAGGCCAAGCUCUCCUCCGACAAAAAGGUCCGCAUAGUCUACAUGGGUAAGAUCCUCAAGGAAACCUCCACCCUCCCCGACCAAGGCUGGAAGCAAGGAAAUAUUGUCAAUGCCCUGGUUUUCAAUCGGUAGCCACAUUGUAAACCAGCGGAGUUUGACAAGAGAGUUUCCGCCAUCACCAACCCCCCGCCUCCGCCUCCGCCUCCCCCCUCCAGGGGCAGGAGACAACAACGACAUCCUGCGACGGCGAACACGGCCACGGCUAGUUCCAGUCGACAACAGCCUCCGCAGCAGCAGCAACAUGUUGCGACGGACCGUUUCCUCUCGUUACAGCUGUGGCGAGUUGAGACGAUGCCUCAGUAGGGUUAUGACUGCGGUAUGCCGACGUGCCGGCAUCUGGUUCUGUUUCCUCACCUUAUUGAAACACCCUACGGCGCCGGCAACAUCAUCAGCUCAUGAACGAUAGGCCA